GCCCAUGUGCUAUUUUCUCUCAUGCCUACUCUGGGGUUCCAAUCAGCACACUCAUUCCUCCUGGCGGAUUAAUACACCAGUGUGAUGAUGUGACUACACUGGCAAAGCUGCCUCUUGUGUUUUGAACAUCUGCUUCUUCUUGGCCAAUAACAUGACAUCAGCACAGCUCUGUCCGGGGCUGUCACUUUAGUUCAACAGCUAAGUGAGUCAGCGGACAAUGAGGCGGAAGAGGUCACACUCAGUGGAACGCACGCCGCCGCCUCACACACCCAGCUAUCUCCUUCAGCAGCUGCUGCUGAAUUCACGUACGACCGCUCCGUUGCUGCGUUGAUUGGUGGAUGUGCUGUAAGCCCCGCCCCUUCAUCAGGGCGCGAAUUCCGAGGCGGCUGUUGCUGGGGCCGGAUAUUGGCGGGAGGUGUCACCAAGAGGCGAAAUGGCUGCUGCGGGCUCUGAGCUGCAGGAUUGUUUGGUGUCUCAAGACCAGACUCUUGAUAAUAAAGUCUUGGGAAGUGAUUCAGAUAGUGGUCAAGGGAGCUGUGAAAUGGGUUCAAGAGACCAGCGGGAUGGAAUGGAUUUAUUGGAAAAUGGAGAUUCUGAUGAUGAAAUCUUGGUAAUUAAGAAAUCUAAGCCUAAGAGAGUUUUUGAAGAAAGUGACAGCGAUUGUGAGGGAGAUAUAUGUGCUGUUACUGUUGACACUGAGCGGAGUCCAAAAAGUGAUGGAGAUGACUACGGGAAAAGAACAGAAAGAGGGAAGCCUCGCAGAAUACGUCUAGCUCUGCUUGAUAGUGAUGACAGUGAUAAAGAGCUUGAUGGAGGCCUUGUGUUAAAUUCUCAUGGAUUAAACGUAGAUGGAUCUACUUCUGAUAAGGUCAGCCCACAGAAAAACACCAAGCAAAAAAGUAGUGAGUCUUCAAGAAAAUUGGUCAGCCAGGAAGAAAUGGACCUGGGCAAAUCAAAACGGAGAUCAGAGAAAAAGAAACUCAGAUCAACUGGAAAGCAUAAAAAUGACACAAAGCAGAAGUCGCCAAUGGAAGAAUUCCCUCCUUUAAAUGACAGUGGCUGCUUACUAGCAGAUGGGGAUCUAUUUGAUAAAGAUUCAGGGAGUGAUGCUGAAGAGGAGUCCUUAGAUAUUAUUCGUGCCAGUGUGAAAGACAAAUUUAAGAGUAAUCCCUUAUGUGAUGAGGAUAUCCCACAAUGUGAAGACGACACUGAAGGGAGUGUAAAAAAGUCUGAAAAAAAGGAGAGAAAAGCAGCACGAAUGGGUAAAGAAGCCAUAAAGCAGUUGCACAGUGAAACACAAAGACUGCUGCGAGAGUCCGCUGUAUCUCUACCAUAUCACUUACCUGAACCCAAAACUAUUCAUGACUUUUUCAAGCGACGGUCAAGACCAGUUUGUCAAGGAAAUGCAAUGCAACUUAUCAAAUCCUCCAAGUAUCAUGAAUUCAGUAUAGAAGACCAUAUUGAGACUGCAACAAAAUCCUCAGAGCAUACUGCUUGUGACACUGUUUCAACACCAGAAUGUAAGACCAAUUCAGACAUUUGUCUCAAGAACACCGAGGUUACACAGUCUGCUGCACUGGAUGAACCUGUGGCAGAGAUGACUGCUUAUGGAGAUUGUCAGCCUGCUAAUUUAGAACUCAAAGUAAACAGCACUUGUAAUCCAGAAUAUACUCCUAAACCUUCCUAUGAAGUGUGCUCAAGUCGGACUGUUUCCCUUCAUGAAAGUGAAAAAACCAUUAACAAAGUGAAUGAUGAAAUACCAUGGGAUAUCCCUGAACCAGAGCUCAAGGGUACAACCUAUGAGCAUAGUCUGCCCAAUGGGAAGAGCUGUACAAAUUCUACUGUAACACAAGCGAAACCCAAGUUACCAAAAAUAGAAAAGCUGCGGGCACUAGGUGUUGACCUAUCUAUAAAACCUCGCCUCUGUGCAGAUGAAGGUUCUUUUGUCAACUUGGAGGAGCCAAAACCGAAUAAAGAGCUUGAAGCUUUCAAGGAGCGAUUUCUGAAACACGGUUUGCAUAAAGUGAAGGCUGUGACUGAGCGAAAAGUUAACCUCAGUAUUAUUCGUAAAGAAAUCACUGCUGAUGGUAAAGAAGAACUAAAAGCAGAUGUUGUACCAGUCACUGUUGAUGUAGAAAACCUUGAAGAGAAAGUUCAUGGAAAACCAGGCGAGAAACUUCAUGUGCUGAAAGCAAAACUGCAGGAAGCAAUGAAGCAGCGACGCACUGAAGAGCGUCAAAAGCGACAGGCCUUGUAUGAUCUGGACAAUGAGGAUGGUUAUGAAGAUGAGGAGGAGGAGGAAAAUAUGACUGAGUCUGAAGAGGAGGAUGAUGCAAAGCAUUUGGUGUGUGACUUAGUUGAAGAUGGAAUUAAGGAUAUUUCUGAAGAUAAAGAGUUAAAGGAAAGAGGCAUAAACAAAGUAACUGUUUCUGUGCCAAGACCAAUGGCUACGGAGUCCACUUUGAUGUUGUUCAAAGACAGUUCUACAAAGAUGGGUGACUCCAUUCCGGAUAAGAUUGAGCAUGACGGAUGCAAGGGGGGCGACAAGCUAGAGGAAGAUGACUUUCUUUUACCCCUGACAAAGGACAACAGUCACAACAGCAGCUUUGAGCUUAUUGGCUCUAUGAUUCCUUCUUACCAGCCUUUAAGCAAGAUUGGGCGAGGCUCGCUCCAUCCCGGUGUGGGUGGAUUCCGCUCCCCAUCCCCAGUUCUAUUCAAAGCCAACUUUCUCAGCUCUGCAUCGAAGAGUUCUGGCAAGAUGUCUGAACCAUCUCUUCCUGUGGAAGACUCGCAGGAUCUUUACAAUGCUUCACCUGAACCUAAAGCUUCAUAUCUCUGUACUGGUGUGGACUCUCAGUUCCAGUUUUCUUUGGAAGAUGACACGCAGAGCCAGCUACUGGAUGCUGAUGGCUUCCUAAAUGUAGGCCACAACAGAAGCAAGUACAGCUCUGCCAAGCAAAGGCUGGUGCUGGAUACAAUGGAUGAGAAUGCUAUGGAUGCCAAUAUGGGAGAGUUGCUGGAUCUCUGCUCUGGACAAUUCAAAUGCUCUCCUUCAGGCUCCAGCCAGCCUGAUGAUUCCAAGAAAGAAACCAUGGAUGAGUUGCUGGGACUUUGCUCUGGAAAAUUUGUGUCACAAGAUGACUGCUCAACUCAUGAUGACUUGGGAUCUGUCAAUGCUCAUUCAGAAACUGAGAAAGAUGAUUUCAUGUCUGAAGCAGCUGCUGUACAUCCAGAUUCCUUCAGUAUCAAUGGAGAUAAUGAGGAAGAAGAUGAGUUUGGUGAUUUUCAGCUUCUGCCUUGUGAUGAAUCGGGCAGUGAAGAGGAGGAAGGAAUAAGUGAGGCAGAUGGAGAAAAUGAAGACUUUGUGGAGGAGGAUGAUGAAGAUAAAAGAAAAGUGCAGGGGAAGAAAAGAAAGCUGAAACUUCAGGACUUUAUGGAAGAUGAAGCUGAACUUUCAGGUAGUGAUCUUGGGAGUGGUGAUGAGGAGGAAGGCGAUGGCGAUAAUGAAUAUGAGGAAGAAGCCAUAGAUGAAGAGCUUCCUUCAGAGGAAGAGCUGUAUGACCAACUCAACAAAAUCCACAGGAAGGUUACCAUGGAUGAAGACAAGCACCGACUGCGGCUUUACCAAGAGCGUUAUUUAGCUGAUGGAGAUCUCCACAGUGAUGGGCCUGGGAGGGAAAGGAAAUUCAGGUGGAAGAACUUUGAUGAUGCCUCUCAACUGGACAUGUUCCGCAGAGAUUCGGAACUGGAAGAUCAAGAGGGAGAAAAUGAUGAGAUGGAUGAGACGGAAGCCAUAAGGAGGAAGGAACGAUUUGAACGAGAGCAGUGGCUACGUGAGCAGUCUCAAAGUGGUAAUAUUAACAAGGAAGAAGAGGAAGAGAUUGGAGAGGAUAGUCAGUUCAUGAAGCUGGCGAAAAAAGCUACAGAAAAAGCUUUUAAAAAAAGAGCAGCUGUAGAAACGAGUGAGCCGAAAAAGCCUGUCUCCAAAGAUCCAUUUGAAGUGAACAGGCCUUUCAAUCUCUCAAAGAUGAAGACAGGUUCUCUGUUAAACAAGCCAAAGGCUGUACUUCAAAAACUGGCUACAAUGUCCGACCUGAAUCCCAAUGCACCAAGAAACUCGAGGAACUUUGUUUUUCAAACUCUGUCUCCAAAAAAGAAAGACUUAUCUACAGAAAAACCUACAUCAAAGCAGGUUAGAAAGAACAUUGCUGUUGCCACCCCUUCUCCCAAGCGUUUAAAGUUUGAUAAUUCCAUUACUAACAGCAAGAAUCGUAGUAUCUUCCCUUUCUUAGAGAAUUAGCAUACUGCACUUUAUUUGCCGUUCACUGUUUACUCUGAGAAGAUGUAGGAAGCUAGAGUGGCUGUUCUUAUAAGACGAUGGCUAUGUACUUCACGCAUGAAGUCUACAGGCAGCAAUGCUGAAUUUUACUUGAAUGUGUUCAGAUUUUUACAGAAAGAUGUUAUCUUUCCAUAUUCCUUGUAUUGCAUUUCUAUAUAUAUAUAUUUAAAAAUUUUAUGUUGUAGAUGUUUUAUGUCUUGUGAUAUAAUUGUGUCUGUAAAAUAGUCUUUCAUAAUGCGCCAUGUACAUUGCAGUCUGUGUGAUCUGAAAUACGUGGGUCAGGUACGGAAUCUAAAUGAAUUUUGAGUAUAAACAGCACAAUGUCUGCUUUGUUAGUUUCUACUAUUUUAUGUUUCCUGAAUUUCAGUUAAUUUGGUGAUGUUCAUUUUUAGAUAUCUUAAAAUUGAUUUGAUUACCAUUCCUUAUCUUGCAGAUUUUAUUUAUUUAUUUUGCGUGUUCAUCCAAUCUACCACAAAUCAAGCUGACUUGUAUUUCAGUCAUUAUGAACAGUUCCCUGCACCAAUUAAAUGCUGGUAGAUCACUUUUGAUUCUGUUAUGUAGCCAUCUGCAUGAUCAAACCUGCCAUUCUUCUAUAAAUUAGUGAUUGCCGACCUCCUGUACCCAAACUCAUGUGGAGGAGUAUGUCGACCUCCCAAUGCUGGUACUGGGAUCCCAAUACAGGUUUAAUGCUUCUUAGAUCAUUUUACCCUGGUAGGAGUUAUAACUUAAACAUACCAGUGAGUUUCAUUUUUAAAGUUAUACCACCCUCAUUGGUGUAAUGCUAUAAGGACCAAUGAAUCUGUGUUGUGAUCCCUAUGUCUGUAUUGUGAAGGCAACAUACUACUACACAGUGAAUGUCAACCUCAUGUCACAUACACUCUAACUUUAGGUUUGUUUAUCUGAAUUAUUUUAAUAAAAUUUUCUAAAGGGACAUUUACCUUUUAUUUAAUGUAUAUUAUGUCUGAAAAUGUGUAAUAUUUUUCUUUGUGUACAAUAUUGUAAAUUAUUGUAAAGAAAGUACUGUUUAGAUUUUUUUAAAAUAAAGUUUUUUGUCAAUUUUGUAUAAAA